AUGGCGCUCUUGAAGUGCCUCAAAUGGCUCUCAGGGUCAGAGUCCCCCUUGAAUGGAGUGAUGGAUGGCGUUGUAAACCGCUUCGGCGGCGGAGCUCGUUCCACCUCGUCGGGCCUCGUCCGUUCUUCCUUUGAGUCAGAGACCUUGGAGUUGGGUUGGAGUCUCGGGCCGACGUCUUCGGUGCCUCGAGCGCGACUAGCUAACUUCUUCCUCGGUUCCCAAGGGUCGAUCCCCUUGGGUGCCCUGCCCCUUGUCGCCGCAACCGGGUGUGGUCCUUUUACCCCGAUCUGUUUUGCAGGGAGAAAGAGAAGUGGAGAAGACGAAGGAAUCUUUGGCGAAUAUUCUAGUGGGACGAAAUGUGCUCCCACACCUAUCACUCAGUUGUUGCAGAACCAAACACUACCUGCUGAAGCGAGGCGUGUUCGCUAUCGUUCCGCUCGAUACUUGAUCAUCAAUGGCGCCCUAUACAAGCGCGGCUUCAGCCUCCCCUACCUUCGAUGCCUGACCCCAGAGGAAGGUACCUACGUCCUAAGGGAGAUUCAUGAGGGUAUCUGUGGCAACCACUUAGGCGGUCGCUCCCUAGCACACAAGGUCAUUCGGCAGGGAUACUUUUGGCCAUCACUUCACACGGAUGCCUAG